AUGCUCUGAACCAGUACCUCAUCGACGCCUCGAGUGGCAUGCUCCAGCUUUCGACUCCAGCCAGCCUCCACGAAGGUCUAUGACCAGUCAGGCCGGGUACGAAUUAGGUCCCGAAAGGCUACUGAGCAUGCAUGCUUUCGGAAGGGCCAUUGCCGGCUAAUGUCCGAGACAACUCCGACCAGACUGAAUCCUCCGUUGUAUCAUCCUUCUCAUUACAUCUAUAUAAACGCCGUGUCAGCAUACGGCCUGUAUAGACGACACACAAUCUCAACACCAGUCGCCUGGCCAUCACAUAGAUCUGAAAGACCCUCAGCGAGCCGUGAGACUUUGGCGUUACGGGCCCACAUUCCGUCAGAUUAUCCACUCUUCCCUCUCAACACUCUACUAUCGUCUUUAUCUGGUCCUAUUGAAUGACCAUGAGCAACAAAUUCAAUGUCCUGAUUCUGGGAGCUGGUCGAAUAAAUUUUGGCUCGACCGAGGCCUCCUGGGCUCAUUCCCUAAGGCUCGAAAAGAAACUGGGACCGGCGCUCAACGUUGUCGGUCUGGUCGACAUCAACGUGGCAUACGCCGAGAAGAUCAUCGCCUCCAAGCGGGCUAUUGAGGGUCUGGUCGGCUACGAACAUACCAAAGUCUUCAAGACGGUCGCUGAUGCAGAGGCCGGUCUAAGCGAAGAAGAGAUGCCAAAGCUCGUGGUCAAUGGUCUUCCUGCCAACUAUAGAGGCACGACGAUCCCGAAUCAUGAUCUGGAUGUUCAGGUCGCCAAGCUCUUCCCUACCGCCGCGCAAUUCAUCGAGAAACCCAUCAGUGCCGGUUCACUCGACGAUGUGACACAAGCGAACGAGGAGCUGCAGAAGGGUGGCCUGACGAGCGUCGGGUACAUGCUACGAUAUCUUCAAGCUGUAACGGAGAUGAAGAAAAUCAUCGCAGAGAACAACCUCACGGUGAUGUGUACUCAAGCGACAUACCUCAUGGCGUACAAGUACGCAGGUCUUCGAGACGAGAGCAUCGACUACUGGGAUAUGAACGGGGAGCUUGGCCCUAUCGUUGGCCAAGGGACACACCUUGUCGACCUCUCGCGCUACUUUUGCCCUGACCCAGUCCACGACUCGAUCCGUGUACAUACGGUGGAAGCUUCGGACAAACCAGGAAAACUGUCCCAGUUGACUAUCAAAGCUGAAUCUGAGCUGCCGGCCGAUCGAAAGAUUCCACGAAUCACUAAUGCUAUUUGGAGGUACGAGAGUGGGGCCACUGGUAGUAUCAUCCAUGGGACGUGCAUCCACGAGGGAGACUACGACUGCGAGCUCGUUGUAUUGGCCGAUGGUUGGAAAUUACGCUUGGUUGAUCCUUAUGGAGUCGCGCCGAGGUUGUAUGUCCGACGACCCGGCACGACAUCAGAGACCAUGACAGAAUUCAAGAACGACGAUCCGUACUAUAACGAAUUCUCGGACCUCGUGGAUGUUAUUCAAGGCAAAGCGAAUCAGUCGGCGGUCCGCUCGACGUUCACAGACGCCAUGAAGACGUACAAGUUUACCUGGGCUAUCAGAUGGGCUGGAGAAGUAGAGGCUCGAGCCAGAGGCGCUCGUCAAUGAGUGUGGCGAGUGUGUCAUGCUGCACCAAGCUC